CACUUGCGAGCCUUCGGCUUCCCAUUCCUGGCGCCGACCCUCUAAGGCGCGGUCAGCUUCUGCGGGGGCGCUGAGAGGCUCAGCCGCCUCGCUGGGGGCACAGCCCGCGCUGCCCCGCGAGGGGCUGGCCUUGAGCCUGGCCUGCCACCCCCGGCCUCGUGCAGCGAGAGACCGGUCAGGUCCCGCAUCUGAGCCCCCACCUUGCUUCUGGGCGCUGGCAGAGAGGACACCUAGAACCAAGUGGACAGGAGAUUGCAGGAAGAAGGAAAGAUGGCUGAAUUCCUAGAUGACCAGAAUACUAGACUAUGUGAUAACUGCAAAAGAGAAAUUCCUGUGUUUAACUUUACUAUCCAUGAGAUCCACUGUCAAAGGAACAUUGGCAUGUGCCCUGUCUGCAAGGAACCAUUUCCUAAGUCUGAUAUGGAGGCUCACAUGGCCACAGAACACUGUCAGGUGACCUGCAAAUGUAAUAUGAAGUUGGAGAAGAGGCAGUUAAAGAAUCAUGAGGAGACUGAGUGCCCUCUGCGCCCUGCCCUUUGCCAGCACUGUGAUUUGGAGCUUUCUGUUCUCAAACUGAAGGACCAUGAAGAUUACUGUGGUGCCCGGACAGAGUUAUGUUGCAAUUGUGGGCGCAAUGUCCUGGUGAAAGAUCUGAAGACUCACCCUGAAGUUUGUGGGAGAGACAAGCAGGAAAAGAGGGAUGAGGUUGCCACGCCACCUGGCGCAUAUGAUGAGUCUUGGGGUCAAGAUGGAGUCUGGAUUGCAUCCCAGCUCCUCAGACAGAUUGAGGCUCUGGACCCACCCAUGAGGCUACCUCGAAGGCCUCUGAGAACCCUUGAAUCCGACCUUCUCCACAGUAGGACUACCAGUCAGAGGAAUAUGACAACCCAGUUUCCAAUUCAGAAUAAUCUGUUGGAAGAACAAGAAAGGCAGGAAAGGAAUCGAAGCCGACAGCCCCCUAAAGUGGGUGGUGAAGACCGUGCAAACUUGGACUUCAUGUUGGCCUUAAGUCUGCAAAAUGAAGGCCAGGCCCCCAGUGUGGUAGAGCAGGACUUGUGGAGGGCCACAUGUGAGGCGGGCCAGCCCCACGAUGGCCGCCACGCCCUGACUGACACGAAGGGUGACGCUGACGAGACCAUGCUGCCUUGUGAAUUUUGUGAGGAACUCUACCCAGAGGAACUGUUGAUUGGCCACCAGACAAGCUGUAACCCUUCAUGUGCCUUACCUUCACUCAAUAUGGGUAGCUCUUCCCCGAAAAGGGUAGAGGAUCCUGAUGUCAUCUUCCAGAAGUUUCUGCAGCAAGCUGCAAGUAACCAGUUGGACUCUUUGAUGGGCCUGGGCAAGUCACCCCCAGUGGAGGACAGCAUCAUCAUCCCGUGUGAAUUCUGUGGGGUACAGUUGGAAGAGGAGGUGCUAUUCCAUCAUCAGGACCAGUGUGACCAGCGCCCAGCCACAGCAAACCACCAUGUGAUGGGAGGAAUUCCUAGACAGGAGUCUCAGAUUCGAGGGACCUCACCAGAGCUGCCCAAGAGGCGUGUCAGACACCAGGGAGACCUGUCUUCUGGUUACAUGGAUGAUGUCAAACAGGAAAUGGCUAAAGGGUCCGCCUACCCGCUGCCCCCCAGCAGACCCAUUAACAAUAUGACGGCUACCUGUAACCGACUGUCCACACCCACAUCAGGCUCCAAACUGGGGUGCCAGCCCAGUCCCCCUCGUGUACUGAAGCUCAACAACCUAGACAGUCAGGACCUCCGGGGACGGAGUCGAAAUAGCCGUAAUGGGGCUGUGGCUCCAGGGCAUGUUCCAGUGAUUCACCCUGGUCGAAACCCCUACCCGGAAAACCUUGUGCCCUCUUUCGCCCAUGGGCCUGCAGGAAGAUACGGAGCAAGAGGUCGGAGUGAAGGUGGCAAGAACUCCCAGGUCAGCCCCACUGCUCUCAACUACCACAACAGAACUGCAAAGACCUUGGGUUCUACUGUUCGGCAGGCCAAAACGCCCAAGCAGCAAGGCAACGGAGACAGGGAGGAAGAGGAGGAGGAAGAGUGAUGUGUCUGCGGAGCACCUGAGUGCCGUUUCCUGCCUGCCCUGCACAGCGGAGCUUGCCACAGUGCGGGCCCCACCUCUCGGGCUCUGGGCAGGGGAGACUUCAUGGAUUUUAACUUGUUCUAGGUUAUGGCCAUUUUGUGUCUUUUGAGAUUGUGCUGUGGAAAUCUGGGGACUUGAGGGAGGGUUAACAGCCCAUUGAAAAAUGUUACAUCUUUAGUGGCUCUUUCGGCACCAGAGAAAUUCCAAUUCCAGGGAAGGCCUGCGGUCCACAGGGCUUAUCUUUCAAUACACUGUCACCACCACUUCCCGGUGCCUUUUGUGGCCCUGGUGGGAGGAGGAGAGGGCUCUGGACACCUCCCACCCACCACUUCCUGCAGAGCCCUAAAUUUGGGAACCUGUCAGUAGCCCUCUUGCCCUCCUGGGCUUGAGUGUGGAGGAGCUCUGUCAGGCGUUCAGAACAGUUGCAAUGUGUAUCAGCGACAAGGCUUUUGGCGAGUUGAGCUAGCGAUGAGUGGUGAGUGUAUCUGCUGCUUUGGCAUGGGCAUCACUGCCCCGUUUCUUGGGGAGCAGGGCUCCUUGAUUUUCACUGCCUUCCGAUGGAGAAGUCCAGAGCUCCCUGGCCCUGCUGAGGCCAUGCCCGGCUCACCCCUGAUCAGGACUGAGUUCUAAAAACUCCACAGUUUGCUUUGAAAACCAAGUAUCAGCCCCCUUCUGUUUCUUAUUUUGCUAUUAUAAUUAUUAAUAAUCCUUGUAAUAGAAAUAAAGUUUG